AUGGAGAAGAAGACAUGGAAAAUGCUUGAGAACAACCCCGAUGUAAUGAACCAGCUAGCAACAAAGCUGGGUCUCUCAUCCGACCUCCAAUUCUACGACGUCUACUCCCUAGAUGACCCCGAACUCCUCGCACAUAUUCCCCGACCCGCCCUAACUCUACUUGUCACCAUCCCACUAACACCAGCCUGGGACCGAAGCCGUAAAGCCGAAGACGCUACCAAGGAACCAUACACCGGCUCCGGCCCGGACGAGCCCGUCAUCUGGUUCAAGCAAACCAUCGGCCACGCCUGCGGCUCAAUCGGCCUCCUUCACAGCGCGAUUAACGGGCCGGCCGCCGACUUCAUCAAAUCCGGUUCUGAUCUUGAGGUGAUACGCGACGCCGCGAUUCCGCUGGGUAUGGAGAAACGCGCCGAGAUGCUGUAUAACAGCGAACCAUUUGAGCGUGCGCACAAGUCGGUUGAGCUGGAUGGUGACAGCUAUGUGGAUGAGGGGCAGCGCGAUGGGGGGCAUUUUGUGAGCUUUGUCAAGAGCGGCGGAAAGCUGUGGGAGCUUGAGGGGUCGAGGAUGGGCCCGUUGGAGAGAGGGAGUCUUGCGGACAAUGAGGAUGUCCUCAGUCCGCGGGCGCUGGAUAUGGGUCUCAAGAGGAUCAUCAAGUUGAACGCGGAUGCAGGUGGAGAGAGCCUUCUCUUCAGCUGCAUUGCUUUGGCUCGCAGGGCAUAG